UAUUAGACGACAUCGGACUUUCCAAUUUUUUAAAUCAGCCAAACAGAGCGCAAGUGUGAAUUCGUCGCCGCAGACCUGACCAUUGUAGCACUGUUUCAGUUCCUCCAUAUCUGCCACGGUUUUAUCUUCUACAUUUGGUCGCAGGGAGGUUCGGCAGAGAUUUAUCGAUCAAUAUGAAGCUGUCGCCGAGGGAAAUCGACAAAUUGAUGCUCCACAAUGCUGGACAGUUAGCGCAGAAGCGUUUGGCGCGCGGAUUGAGGCUUAACCACGCUGAAGCCGUUGCUCUUAUAGCUACGCAGGUAUUGGAAUUUGUUCGAGAUGGAAAUAAAAGCGUGGCUGAAUUGAUGGAUCUUGGGCAGCAAUUGUUGGGAGUGAGACAAGUUCUUCCCUCUGUUCCAUAUCUCCUGGAAUCAGUUCAGAUUGAAGGGACCUUUCCUGAUGGGACAAAGCUGAUAACAGUUCAUGAUCCUGUGUCACGUGAAAAUGGAAAUCUCGAGCUGGCUUUGCAUGGCUCGUUUCUUCCAGUUCCUUCUCUAGACAAGUUUCCUGCAGAUGAGGAUUUUACAAUUCCUGGUGAACUAAUCUUUGGACCUGGGUUAAUUACAAUUAACUCAGGCAGGAAAGGCAUAGUUCUUAAAGUAACAAACACGGGGGACAGGCCUGUUCAGGUUGGAAGUCAUUACCACUUCAUUGAGGUCAACCCACACUUUGUAUUUGAUCGAUAUAAAGCCUAUGGCAUGAGGUUGAAUAUCCCUGCGGGAAGAGCUACUCGCUUUGAGCCAGGGGAGACAAAAACUGUAUCACUAGUCAGAAUUGGUGGUAAACAAAUAAUUAGGGGUGGAAAUAAUAUUGCCGAUGGUCCAGUGGAUGAUACCCAAAGCAAAGCAGCAAUGAAAGUUGUACAUGAUGGAAAUUAUGGCUUUUUAGAGGAAGCAGAUGCUAGGGAAUUUCUCAUUGAAGAAGGAUCUCCUUUCUCCUAUUCAAUGUCUCAUGAAAAGUAUGGCAAUAUGUAUGGCCCUACAACUGGUGAUAAAAUUCGGCUGGGUGACACUGAUUUAAUUGCCGAAAUUGAAAGGGAUUAUGCAGUUUAUGGUGAUGAGUGUGUUUUUGGUGGUGGAAAAGUCCUGAGAGAUGGAAUGGGACAGGCUAGUGGAUAUGCAUCUCGUGAUUGUUUGGAUACUGUAAUAACCAAUGCUGUGAUCAUUGAUUAUACAGGGAUAUAUAAAGCUGAUAUAGGAAUCAAAGAUGGCUAUAUUAUUGCUAUUGGGAAAGCAGGUAAUCCAGAUGCCAUGGAUGGGGUUUCAGAUAACAUGAUCAUAGGGGUAAAUACCGAGGUUAUUGCUGGAGAAGGAAUGAUCAUUACCGCAGGAGCUAUAGACUGUCAUGUGCAUUUUAUAUGCCCCCAAUUAGCUUAUGAAGCAAUUACAAGUGGUAUAACUACAUUGGUGGGAGGCGGUACAGGGCCUGCUGAUGGGACGCGGGCAACUACUUGUACUCCCGCACCAUUUCACAUGCAAUUAAUGUUGCAAUCAACAGAUGACUUGCCCCUGAAUUUUGGUUUUACAGGAAAAGGGAAUUCUUCUAAAGAAGAGGGCUUACACGAUAUAGUUAAAGCUGGGGCAAUGGGAUUGAAGCUUCAUGAAGAUUGGGGAACUACUCCAGCUGCAAUAGAUACAUGUCUGUCUGUAGCAGAAUUAUACGACAUUCAGGUAAACAUUCACACCGAUACAUUAAAUGAAUCUGGAUUUGUUGAGCACACAAUUGCUGCUUUUAAAGAUCGAUCCAUUCAUACAUACCACAGUGAAGGUGCAGGUGGCGGUCAUGCUCCCGAUAUCAUAAAAGUCUGUGGCGUGAAAAAUGUCCUCCCCUCGUCAACUAACCCAACGCGUCCUUUUACCUUCAAUACCGUAGAUGAGCAUCUUGACAUGCUUAUGGUCUGUCAUCACCUUGACAAGAAUAUCAGGGAGGAUGUUGCUUUUGCCGAGUCUCGUAUUCGUGCUGAAACCAUAGCUGCUGAAGACAUUUUGCAUGAUAUAGGGGCUAUAAGUAUCAUAUCCUCUGAUUCACAGGCUAUGGGCCGCAUUGGAGAGGUAAUUUCCAGAACUUGGCAAACUGCCCACAAGAUGAAGUUAUUUAGAGGACCCCUCGAAAGCAGUCUGCAGGGAAAUGAUAACUUCAGAAUCAAGAGAUACGUUGCAAAGUACACUAUUAAUCCUGCCAUAGCUUGUGGAUUUUCUAAAUUCGUUGGAUCAGUUGAGGUGGGUAAGCUGGCGGAUCUUGUUCUAUGGAAGCCGUCGUUCUUUGGAGCCAAACCGGAGAUGGUGAUAAAAGGUGGAACAAUAGCAUGGUCCGAUAUGGGCGAUCCAAAUGCAAGCAUCCCAACACCGGAACCGGUGACAAUGAGACCGAUGUUUGGAGGAUUUGGCAAAGCCGGGAGUGCUAAUUCGAUUGCAUUUGUCAGCAAGGUGGCUCUGGAUUUGGGAAUAAAAGAGCAAUACAGACUGAACAAGAGGGUGGAAGCUGUAGGAAAUGUUCGGAAGCUGAGUAAGCUGGACAUGGAGUUCAACGACACACUUCCGGCGAUGAAAGUCGAUCCGGAGACGUACGUUGUCGAAGCAGGUGGGGAGAUUCUUACAUGCCCUGCUGCUAAAUCAGUCCCUCUUUCCAGGAAUUACUUCCUUUUCUGAGUCACAUUUGUUUGUUGUUGAUUGGCAAUACAAUAAUACAAAGCAAUGCAAUGCAAUGCAAUGCCAUCAUAUAUAUAUUUUGAAUUUGGCUGUGUCGAGAAUAAUAAGAACACUAUUGUUGGAGGGGGAUGAUGAACCCUUCUAUGCUAUCAAAAUUUGAAAAUGAAAA